GUGGUACUCUGGUACAAAUAUAUAAUAAUAGUAGACGAUGGUAGAUAAUGAUAAAAUUGGUUCAAAGUUCAUUUCAUUAAAAUGAUCUAAAAUAGAUGUUUUGUAGUUAUAAUAAACUCGGUUAUUUUUUUUAAAGUCAAAUGAAGGAAAUACUAAUUUUUUAAAAAUAUUAAAAAAAGUAUUAAAUCUCAACCAUCACUCCAUCUAAAAUUAUAAUUGUAAAAAAAACUCCAUCUAAAAUUAAGCAACCACAGCUAAUCUAAUUAUGUAUUUGUUUCUAGGCCGAACUGACAUGCGGAUUAGGUAACGUAAGCCAGUUCCUAAUCAUUCUUUUCAUUCGAUAUUCAUCCUUAUUUUAGCAGCCUUAUAGUGUAUUUACGAAACUACCCCGCAGCGGACUUGAAACCAACGCGACUCGGCUCACUCUCUCUCCAAAUAUAAAGAAGGAGGCCAACCCAGCCAAAGGGGCGUUUUCUCGGCGUUUAAUGUCUGUGCGCGGGUUGGAGUAGUCUGUGUCCGUGUGAGAGGACGAGACAAUAGACAUAUCACACAUAAGCGCUCUUGUUCGGCGAACUGCAUCUCGUUCAUCUCUUCUCCCUUCCCUUUCCCCUCUCUCUCUCCGAAGCUCCAUUCCCGUCUUCCUUCCGCCGUUUCGCCCGAAUCUCUCUGCUGCUGCUCGUCCCAGGCCUCCGUCUGUAUCCACUCUCCGUCAGUCCCUUUGUCUCCCUCUCAGGUAACAAUCGAACAACCCUAGAACUAGCUCCAUUUGAUUCCGAUUUCCUGAUUCUGCAUACGAGCUCCGUUUUACCCCUUCGUUUCUACCUCGUGGUUUAUUCUGAUUGCUUCCAUAUCCGCUUUUGGUUCCAUUCAGGCAAAGAGCUCCUUAAUCCCUCUCCGAGUUUGUACCGUCCAGUUCGAUAACGAUGUUCGGCUCUCCAAAUCGUAAGUGUUCUCUCUUUUUCCAAGUUAGCGUAUCUAUUUGCUUUCUUAUUGUUGCUUCCUGACUAGCGUGACUUGAAUUUGUCGUCCCCUAUGCCUUCACUUUGAUGUGAUUUUCUGCCGAUUCCGGAAAUUUCCUCAUAGCAUGCGUAAUUGCUCAUGUCUCGUUGAGUAGCUGCUUCGAGCCUGGUUGUGAUCAGUCCAUCAAUCUCUGUCGUUGGAAUGCAUUUCCUUUUGUAUAAUAAAUAGUCUUUUAUCCUUGGACUUGCAUUGGCUGUUCUAUUACUAUUUCUCAUUCAAACUACCGCGAUGGUUGAGGCAAUUCAGCUUGUUUUAAAUUUUUGGAGCUUCGUGUUAAAUUUUGUCUGCCAGUAUUGAUGCAUUUUCUGCAUUAUAUAUUAAAUUUGUGCUGAGAUUGCCCGUGUCGGGAGGAUUGAUUGUUAUCGAAUCAAUGGGUCAGCAGUGUGAUUUGUGAUCUGAAUUUGCUACCUCCCCCAUCCUCACAAGAACCCCAAAAGUAAAUUUGCACCACUGAAGAUGUGGAAUCCGACUGACAUCUGUGCUGAGUUCAGUUGCAGUUGGAACUGUUUCUUAUAUUCGUCUAGUUUUAGGGAUUUUUGUCUCUAGUUGGUGUUUCUUAUCAAUUACACAUUUUCAUGAUCUCUGUUAUUUACCAGCUUUUGGACAGACAUCAAGUAGCCCUUUUGGGUCAACUGGCUUUGGCCAGACAAGUGCUCCAACCAGUAAUCCUUUUGCACCCAAACCCUUUGGUAGUCCAACCCCUUUUGGUUCCCAGACUGGCACUUCCAUGUUUGGGGGAACUUCAACGGGUAUGUUCGGCACACCCCAAGCUUCCUCACCUUUCCCAUCUACAACAACAUUCGGGGCCUCGUCAUCUCCAGCUUUCGGGAGCUCAAUGCCUGCUUUUGGAGCAUCUAGCACUCCUGCGUUCAAUAGUUCUUCGUCAUCAUUUGGUGGGUCAUCUGUGUUCGGUCAAAAGCCCGCCUUUGGAGGAUUUGGGUCGAGUACAACUCCUAAUGCAUUUGGAGGCACUAACCAACAAUCCCAACCUGCGUUCGGGAAUAGUUUGUUUGGUUCCACGACACCUUUUGGGGCAGGCUCUCAGCCUGGAUUCGGUGGUACCAGCACGCCUGCCUUUGGCUCGACAAGCACCCCUGCUUUUGGUUCAACAAGCACCCCAGCUUUUGGUGCUCAAAGCACUCCUGCGUUUGGUGCGACAAGUACUCCAGCUUUUGGAUCAACAGCGAGCCCAGCUUUUGGUAGCACAGGAGCAGCCUUUGGUGUGUCUAGUACCCCAGGUUUUGGAUCUUCAAAUACUUCAGUUUUUGGCUCCUCAAGCAACCCGUCUUUUGGUGCUUCAUCUUCUGCUUUUGGGGCUGCAAGCACUCCUGCAUUUGGGGCUUCCAGUGCUCAAACUUUUGGUGCAUCUAGCACUCCAUCAUUUACCUUUGCAUCCAAUUCAGCUUUCGGUCAGUCGACUUCUGCAUUUGGAAGCAGCCCAUUUGGAGCACAGAGUUCUGGGUUUGGGUCCCAGGCAACAACACCAACAUUUGCAAGCUCAGGCUUUGGGCAAGCACCUUUUGGUACGCAGCGUGGCGGAAGUAGGGCAGUGCCCUACACAGCAACUCCUGACACAGAAACCACUGGUACAGGGGGGCAGCCUGGGAAGUUAGAGUCGAUAUCUGCCAUGCCUGCCUACAAAGAGAAAAGCCACGAGGAGUUACGAUGGGAGGAUUAUCAAUCGGGAGACAAAGGCGGUCCUUCCUCUGGGCAACAACCUGGCGCUAUCAGUUUUAAUGCACCAGCAGCACAAUCAAACCCGUUUGCUCCAACAUCUACAUUCCCUCAAACUUCUCCUAAUCCUUUUUCUUCGACGACGGCGUCUAAUCCAUUUGCUCCAAAGGCUUUUGCUCCACCAGCUACCUCAGCUUUCAGUUCUUCACCUUUUAGUGCUCCUACGGCAGCUAACCCUUUUCAGUCGACAUCCUUUCCAUCCUCAUCAAGUGGUCCAUUUGCCUCCUCAUCUCCAUCUCUUUUUGGCCCAUCAAGCUCAUCAAGUUUCGCUUCCACGCCAUCCCUGUUUACAUCCAGUGCCCAGGGAACAACCUCAGCAUUCAACCCUACCAUGGCUUUUCCCAAUAGCUCCUCUACAUUGUUUCAAUCGACCACACCUUCGCUUUCACAAACAGGUUCUGGUUUUGGACCAGCUACUUCUGCCUUUGGACCGAGUUCUACCUCUCCAUUUGGUCCUUCAAAUGCUUUCAAUACCUCAGGAACCUCGCUUCAAGGAAGCCUUUUCUCAAGCACACCUUCUUUAUUUCCCUCAACCAACCCAGUCUCUAGUUCGACACCUUUUCAAUUGCCUCAAUCUAGCUUUGGUAACUUUGGCCAGUCUCAAGGUGGCGCAAGUUUGUUUGCCAACACAUCUGGUCAGAACAAUUAUGGACAACAGUCUAUUGGACAGAGCUCUGCUGCUGUACUUCCAGCACCUAUGACCAAUCCUUUUGGCACUCUCCCAGCAAUGCCUCAGAUAUCUAUUAAUAGAGCUGGAACUACACCUUCUGUGCAGUAUGGGAUCUCAAGCUUGCCUGUUGUUGACAAACCUGCACCUGUCAGAGUAUCCUCCUUAUUGACUUCUCGACACCUGUUGCAAAGGCGGAUUAAGAUGCCUGCAAGGAAAUAUUAUCCCAAACAUGAUGGUCCAAAGGUUCCGUUUUUCAGUGAUGAGGAUGAAUCUCCCAGCACACCCAAGGCGGAUGCCCUUUUUGUUCCUAGGGAAAACCCAAGAGCUUUGGUAAUUCGCCCUGUAGAUCAAUGGCCGUCGAGAGCUGGUGUGGACAAAGUGUCUCCGGUUAGGGAUGUGCAUCAAAAUGGUAAAGUUCCAGAAGUAGCAAUGGAUGGAGAUGAUGUAUCUUCCUUGAAUGGUACCAACAAGGCCAAUGGCAAAGAUAAGAGCCCGGCGGGUGAAAAUGGUGUUGGCAACAAGGAGCAUGUGGAACCGAAUCAGAAACUCAAUGGAAGAGUUCAUCACGAAGAUCAUUCCAGCCUGAAGGAUGAAUCAGACAACAAGAGGCCUAUCAAUGGUCACAGAGCUGGAGAAGCGGCAAUAGUGUAUGAGCAUGGAGCAGAUAUCGAGGCACAAAUGCCGAAACUCCGCCGUCCCGACUAUUACACAGAGCCGCGCAUCCAAGAACUGGCGGCUAAAGAAAGGGCCGAACCGGGUUACUGCCGCCGUGUUAGGGACUUCGUGGUUGGCCGACAAGGCUAUGGAAGCAUCAAGUUUCUGGGUGAGACGGACGUGCGGGGGCUUGAUCUGGACUCCCUCGUUCAGUUCAACACUAGGGAGGUGAUUGUGUACAUGGACGAAGAGAAGAAGCCACCUGUGGGACAAGGUCUGAAUAAGCCUGCUGAAGUCACCCUUCUGAACAUAAGGUACGUCGACAAAGCUACCAAGCAGGUGUUGACAGAAGGGCCAAGGGCUCUAAAAUACAGCGAGCAGCUGAAGAGGAAGACUAAGGAGCAAGGUGCUGAAUUCGUGUCGUAUGAUGCACCGAAGGGAGAAUGGAAGUUCAAGGUCGAGCAUUUCAGCACGUACAGGCUUGUCGAGGAGGAAGAAGAAGAAGAAAAUGUUUGCUGAGGCUCAUGAUGAUUAAUAAUUGGGGUUUGGAGGGUUUGCUAUAUAAGAUUGGAUGGCUUCGAAGUUGUAUAGUAUACUACUGCUACCUCGCAAACAAUAGUGGGCUUGUUUCUUGUUUCUGCUUACCUGUUGCUAUCCUUUCUUCCAGGUCGCUUUUGUUCUGAAGUGAAGUUUCUGGGAGCUUUUGAAUUGGUAUACCUUUCGUCUCCUUUCCCCUUUGUUCCUCGACUCGGGUUUUGUAAUUGUUCAUUUUUCAAACUUGUGCAGGUGGUUGGUUUAAAAUUUAAAUGAACGGAAGAUGGUUCAUUUGGUGACACCAUUGUAUUUGUACCAAUAAUAUAUAGAAUACUGAAAG